CGGCACGUCGGAGGCAGCAAGAUGGCCGCUGCUGAGGGUGACUGUGGUGGCGGCGCCGACGCGGACCAGGAAUUGGAGGAGCUUUUGGAAAGUGCUCUUGAUGAUUUCGAUAAAGCCAAACCCUCCCCAGCACCCCCUCCUACCACCACGGCCCCUGAUGCUUCGGGGCCCCAGAAGAGAUCGCCAGGAGACACUGCCAAAGAUGCCCUCUUCGCCUCCCAAGAGAAGUUUUUCCAGGAACUGUUUGACAGCGAGCUGGCUUCCCAAGCCACUGCAGAGUUCGAGAAGGCAAUGAAGGAGCUGGCUGAGGAAGAGCCCCACCUGGUGGAACAGUUCCAAAAGCUCUCAGAGGCUGCAGGGAGAGUGGGCAGUGAUGCAACCUCCCAACAAGAAUUCACUUCUUGCCUAAAGGAGACACUAAGUGGACUAGCCAAAAAUGCCACUGACCUUCAGAACUCAGGCAUGUCAGAAGAGGAGCUGACCAAGGCCAUGGAGGGGCUGGGCAUGGAUGAAGGGGAUGGGGAAGGAAACAUCCUCCCCAUCAUGCAGAGUAUUAUGCAGAACCUAUUGUCCAAGGAUGUGCUAUACCCAUCCCUGAAGGAGAUCACAGAAAAGUAUCCAGAAUGGUUGCAGAGUCACCGGGAAUCUCUACCUCCAGAACAGUUUGAAAAAUAUCAGGAGCAGCACAGUGUCAUGGGUAAAAUAUGUGAACAGUUUGAGGCAGAGACCCCCACAGACAGUGAGGCCACUCAAAAGGCUCGUUUUGAGACGGUGCUGGAUCUUAUGCAACAGUUACAGGAUUUGGGCCACCCUCCAAAAGAGCUGGCUGGGGAGAUGCCUCCUGGCCUCAACUUUGACCUGGAUGCCCUCAAUCUUUCGGGCCCACCAGGUGCCAGUGGUGAACAGUGUCUGAUCAUGUUAACUUUUCUCAGUCCUUCAGUGAAUCUACAGACCUAUUUUCUCAGGAGCUCAGCCUGGCCUUACUUCAGUGAUAAAAGAAGGAAAGGCUGGCUACAGCAAACAUCAUUCAAGAUGUCCAGCAAAGGGAGCAGCACAGAUGGCAAAACAGACUUAGCUAAUGGAAGCCUGUCUAGCAGUCCAGAGGAAAUGUCUGGAGCUGAAGAGGGGAGGGAGACAUCCUCAGGCAUUGAAGUGGAGGCCUCAGACCUGAGUUUGAGCUUGACUGGGGAUGAUGGUGGCCCCAACCGCACCAGCACAGAAAGUCGAGGCACAGACACAGAGAGCUCAGGUGAAGACAAGGACUCGGACAGCAUGGAGGACACUGGCCAUUACUCCAUCAAUGAUGAAAACCGAGUCCAUGACCGCUCAGAGGAAGAGGAGGAGGAAGAAGAGGAGGAAGAAGAGCAGCCUCGACGCCAUGUACAGCGCAAGCGGGCCAACCGUGACCAGGACUCAUCAGAUGAUGAGCGGGCCCUAGAGGACUGGGUGUCAUCGGAAACAUCAGCCCUACCCCGACCUCGCUGGCAAGCCCUUCCUGCCCUUCGGGAGCGUGAGCUGGGUUCAAGUGCCCGCUUUGUAUAUGAGGCUUGUGGGGCAAGAGUCUUUGUGCAGCGUUUCCGCCUGCAGCAUGGGCUUGAGGGCCAUACUGGUUGUGUCAAUACCCUGCACUUUAACCAGCGCGGCACCUGGCUGGCCAGUGGCAGCGAUGACCUGAAGGUGGUGGUGUGGGAUUGGGUGCGGCGGCAGCCAGUACUGGACUUUGAAAGUGGCCACAAAAGUAAUGUCUUCCAGGCCAAGUUCCUUCCUAAUAGUGGUGAUUCUACUCUGGCUAUGUGUGCCCGUGAUGGGCAGGUUCGGGUAGCAGAACUAUCUGCCACACAGUGUUGCAAGAAUACAAAACGUGUGGCCCAGCACAAGGGAGCAUCCCAUAAGGUGAUUGGAAAGAUGAAACUGGUGGUGACAAAAGAGAAAGAGAAGAAAGUGGGGCUGUAUACUAUCUAUGUGAAUCCUGCCAAUACCCACCAGUUUGCAGUGGGUGGACGAGAUCAGUUUGUAAGGAUUUAUGACCAGAGGAAAAUCGAUGAGAAUGAGAACAAUGGAGUACUCAAGAAAUUCUGUCCUCAUCACCUGGUGAACAGUGAGUCCAAAGCAAACAUCACCUGUCUUGUGUACAGCCACGACGGCACAGAGCUCCUGGCCAGUUACAAUGAUGAAGACAUUUACCUCUUCAACUCCUCUCACAGUGAUGGGGCCCAGUAUGUUAAAAGAUAUAAGGGCCACAGAAAUAACGCCACAGUAAAAGGCGUCAAUUUCUAUGGCCCCAAGAGUGAGUUUGUGGUGAGCGGUAGUGACUGCGGGCACAUCUUCCUCUGGGAGAAAUCAUCCUGCCAGAUCAUUCAGUUCAUGGAGGGGGACAAGGGAGGCGUGGUAAACUGUCUUGAGCCCCACCCUCACCUACCUGUACUGGCAACCAGUGGCCUAGACCAUGAUGUGAAGAUCUGGGCACCCACAGCUGAAGCCUCCACCGAGCUGACAGGGUUAAAGGAUGUGAUUAAGAAGAACAAGCGGGAGCGGGAUGAAGAUAGCUUGCACCACACUGACCUGUUUGAUAGCCACAUGCUCUGGUUCCUCAUGCAUCACCUGAGACAGAGACGCCAUCACCGGCGCUGGCGAGAACCUGGGGUUGGGGCCACAGACGCGGACUCUGAUGAGUCUCCCAGCUCCUCAGACACAUCGGACGAGGAGGAGGGCCCCGACCGGGUGCAGUGCAUGCCAUCCUGAGGCCUCAUACCUAGGUGGGGCGGGCUGGGCUACCAACCCGAUCCUGCCUGGGCAACCCUUUCCUCGCCCGGGCCCUUACAUUCAGCAGAAACGCACUUUGGACUUUUGCUUUAGAUAAAAGAAAGACAUCCCAGGAGAAAGACAAACCAGAAGGGAAUAAACCAACAGAGUACCUAGGAAUGGGAGUUGAGCCCUGAAAUGGGGUUCCAUGGAAAGGUGCAUAGGACUCAGCAGAAAUAGCCUCUACUCAAAAGCCUCUUUUUGGGGGGGAAGAGGGGAGCCUAUUUUGUUAACUGGUUUGGGAUAGAGUAUGGGGUUUCUUUUUCUUUAAUCUCCCUUGUUUCUUGGGCAGGGGGGUGGGGGGAACAACUGGCUAUUCAGUACCAAGGAGCCAGAGUGGGGGGUAGAAGUGCCACUCUCUUUGGUUUAGGUUUUUGACCUUUUUUUCCUUUGUUUUUUAAAAAGUCUAUGACAGUUUCAUUGUUUCCCCCCCAGCAACCCCAUCCCAGGAUCCAGUUUUUUCUGGGAAGUCCUUAGAGUCCCUAGACAUCCCACACUCUUCACUGUCCUUUCCACCUCAUUCAUUCUCUGUACUUAUCACGGUGUUUUGCACUUGAUUAUGUAUCCUUCACUCUCUUCUCUUCAUCCCAUCACCCCCUAAAUAGGUUAGGUGAGUGAGGUUGGGGAGAAGUGGGAGGAGGGGCAGAGGUGGAGAAAGAAGAGGAAGGAUGUUACCUCUUCUGUUAUUUAAAAAAAAAGUUGUUUGGUGGCAGCCAUUUCCCUGUCCCUAUCACUGUUAAGAGGCCUAAUUUUAUAUCUAUAAAUAUAUUAAAAAGCAAGUCAAAGUUGGAUGUAUCAAGGUAAAAUUGUCAAAGUUUAAAUACCUAUAUAUUCUCUAUGAAUGCAAUAAAGGGACUUAAAGGAAGAGCGAGCGAGAGUAAUGAUGUGGAGGUGACACCUGGGGUCAGCUUACCUCUGUGUAUGGCCAUUGAAGACUGGGGCUUAUCCCUUAGGUUUUAGGAGGCUCAAGAAUGGAAGGAUGCUCCGUUCUUCCCUUCCCCACUUCCCUGCCUUGGUGUGGGAUUUGGGAAAAACAGGAAAUUUCUCUCAACUCUUUGCCUCAUAUCUCCUACCUCUCCUUAAGUCUUAUGGGGGUCCCCAGGAUGGCUCUUCUAACCUGAGGCUGGCCUGUCUUUAAAACUUGACUGAACUAUGACUUCAAGAAGGGUGCCGCCACUGCAGACUCUUUCUGGUACUGUUUAUGACAGAAGACACACACAUGCACACACACAGUCUCUUACCUUUAGCUGCUUUGAUUCUUUAAGCCAUCCAACUCCAUGCCAGCUCCCUUCCUAAUGGAAGAGUGAAGGGAAAGGCUUCCUGGGUUUGACUUUAUACCAUAUAUCUUGGUGUUGAGGAACAAGUCAGUAAUCUAAGGAUUGAUUAUGGUGGCUGUGAUUUGGGCACUUGUCCUAUCACUGGUCACUGAGUAUGAAAGUCCCAGUUGAAUUCUUGCCCUCAAAUGCUUUUGCUGCUAUUUUUUUUUUGCCCUCAGUUCCCACAAGAUCCAGUCAGUAAUUCUGCAUCCUGGGACAGUCAGUUUCUACUAAACCAGGCCAGGAAGGAGCGGAAAAAAGAGGAUGGUAUUCUCAGACACUCCUUCCUCCUGCCCCUUUUCCUAGCAGCUCUCAGAUCAGUGGUUAGCUGCUGCACUUCCUCCCUGAGGUAGAGAAUGUGUGGUGACUGAGUGGUCUGUGUUCCUAUUGCUAGUGGGGUGAUGGGGUGGGUUGAAAACCAUGCACUCUGGAAUUUGUUGUAUUUUCUCUCAGUAAAGCUUUUUUUUUUUCCUGAC